AAGGACAAGUGCAGCAAGCGUGAUGGGUGCAUUUGGCAGGUCUGACGGACAGAAAAAGCAGCAUAAAGAGCGUGCUCAGCCCUUCAAUCGUGAGCGCUAUGGAUUGCUUGAGAAGAAGAAGGACUAUGUCUUGCGAGCAGAUGAUUACAAGCAGAAACAAGCGCGCUUAAAGACUCUGCGCUCCAAAGCUUCUCAAAAGAAUGAGGAUGAAUUCUACUUUGGCAUGGUCCACGGCCGAACGCGCCGCGGCGUUGCUGUUAAAGAGCGUGGAAACCAGGCGUUGACUAUGGACGCAGUCAAGAUUUUGAAGACACAGGAUGCUGCGUACAUAAAAACGGCAACCGCCAUUGAGCGGCGGAAGAUUGAGCAGCUGGAGGCUGCGCAACAUAUGCAAGAGGAUACGCAGGGUACUGCGGGUAGUGAAGACGAAGCGCCGAAGAAGCGUAAAAUUUCGCGCUCGUUGUUCAUGGAGGCAGAUGAGGAUAUUCGAGACAUCGUGCCUAAAUCGUCCCAAUCGAAGAAGCUCGAGGGAGAUGUGCAAGAUUCAGAAUGGCUUACAAAGAUUGCAAAAGCCAAGGUGAGAGCCAAGUUGGAGCUAGCGAGCCGGCAAGACCGUCUAGCAAAGCUUCAAACGCUAGAAAAAGAGACUGCCUUGCAUCGCAAUCUCCAGACCAAAGGUGCACGAAAGAAGGUAGGCACAGACAAGGAUGGCGUCGCAAAAUACAAGUGGAAGCAAGAGCGUAAGCGUUAGUGUAAACAUGAUCCAUUAUUAUCCUUAUGCACAAUUACAUGAGAUGUGUGUCAUUCAUCUGAAGCGGCCAGAUGCUGGCUGAUCAUUGUAUUGACCGUAUAUGUCGCUCAAAAUGUCAGGGCUAUCGUUUCGGCUCCGGCCUGGUGAACUAGCAGGGUAAGGUGGGAGGGUCGUGUGAUCUGGCGUGUCAGUUCGAACAGACUCCUCAGGGAACCGUUCUCCAACUUGGCGCCAGUCUGGCACGGGAGCACGAGGCUGCGGGGCCACGAGCGGCGGCGGUCUUUGACUGAAGGGGGUCGAGCGAUCCUG